AACGAUUCUGAUCUGACAAUCUUGAUAGUUAAUCAUUCCUCUACGACGCACUUCCCAAAUUAGAAGCUCCUUUGUUUGAAAGUCUUGGAGAGAGAUGAUGAUUGAUCUGGGUUUGACUUGCGUAGGAAGUUUAAAAAAAGGUAUUCUGUGUGCUCGAUCAAUCUUGGGCAAAGAUUCUAGAAUACCAGGAAAUAACUGAGUCAAAAACUUGCAAAGAUUCCGUAGGUUGAUUACCUUCAGUCUUUUCUGGUAAUCCUAGAAUUCGAAGAUUGGAUCUUCUGCUCCUGUUUUCUAAGUCAGUAAUCUUCAGCUUUAAUCUUUCAUUGCCUUUGGCUUGCUUUUCACAAAGGUUCUGCAAGUCAACAAUUUUCCCAUCCAAAACCGAAAGAGAAGCUUCGUUCACUUUAAUUUGUCCUUCAUGGGUCAAAUUUGGCAUUAAGUUGUUGAAGCUGCUCAAAACUAGCUUCCAGAGUUGCAGGGGGAACAUCUUCCUUAAUGGUUUUCAUAGCCUUUGCACCCCUUGUAUUCAUAAUAAGAUAAAAUUGCGUUUAAAUUUACUACCGAGGGUGGAAAGGAAGGAUUUCAAAUCAGGUUGAAAAGGUUAGAUGUAGUGAGAGCAGCAGCAAAUAGUUGUAGACUCCCACGAAUUUUCUGACACCACAGAAUGAACUUGCAGAUGAAACUCAACACUUCUGCAGCAGUAGAACACAAAGGUUCCUAUUCAUGAACCCAACAGAUUCCAGCUGCAGAAUGUUAUUGCUCUCUUGCCAGUGAUCUGUGUAACUUAUCCCUGAAAUGUUCAAAGUAAACCUACUACUCAAACAUUUACCUUGGAGAAGUACUCCUGAUACUCUCAGAAGAAUUGAAGAAAUAGAAGCAGGAAUUUGUCAUUCAGUCACUUAUGCUGGGUCUGCCAUUCAACAUGAUUGCAAAGGUUUGCCAUUGAGAUGAAGACAUUUUUUCCAUCUCUGUCCUCUUUAUACUGAACAUGUGGAGACAGGGGAAGCUCUCUGGUAUAUGUGUAUGGCAAAUAUGUACCUGCCAGCCUGGGGAAUUGGCUUCAGGCUGCCUUCUUCACUGUUACUAGGAAGAUCCUGGAUCCAUUGCCAGUGAUCCUGGUGCAGAGUGGGAUUUGAAUUUGCUGACGCUUUAGUUUAUAAAGUGAACUUCAUCCCUCAAAAGCUGAAAGUCCUAUGAUGUAAGCAGAUCUUCACCUUGGGACAGUUGCUGGUGGACAUCAUGCAGCUCAGGCUUCUGUUUGUGGUGUUUGUCCUUCUCCGGAAGGCAACUGCUGAAAACGUACUGAUCUGGCCCGCAGAGGGAAGCCACUGGAUUAAUUUAAAAUCCAUCAUCAAGGAACUGAUCGCCAGAGGCCACAAUGUUACGGUGGCUGUAAAUUCAGCCGCACUUUUCAACAACCACUCUGAGCCCUCAGCAAUGAGAGUUGAAUUAUUUCAAGUGCCAUUUACCAGCGACAAAUUAACAGAUUUUAUCAAGAUCUUUCUAGACUUCUUAGUGUAUGAAAAGCGACAAUUAUCCCAUUGGAAUGCAUACAAACGAUUCUCAACGCUCCUGGAAAAUGGAACUGAAUUUGGCAAAGGGAUCUGUGACGGGGUAAUAAAGAAUGAGAAACUGAUGCAGAAGCUGCGGGAGUCUGAGUUUAAACUACUGUUGUCUGACCCCGUGCGCCGCUGUGGGGAUCUCCUGGCUCUGAAGCUGGGGAUUCCCUUUAUCUUCACUCUGAGGUUCUCCCCAGGGUUUACAGUGGAGAGACAGUGCGGACAGAUUCCUGCAGCACCUUCCUACGUACCCACUUCGCUGUCAGAGUUAUCCGAUAAGAUGUCUUUUUCUGAGAGACUUCAAAAUGUCUUUUACACAUUUAUGUACGACUGGAUGGGCAGACAACUUCAGUCUGUUUGGAACUCGUAUUACAGUGAAGUUUUGGGUGAACCAACAACUCUCUGUGAGACAAUGGGCAAGGCGGACAUCUGGCUGAUUCGAACAUAUUGGGAUUUUGAAUUUCCUCGCCCAUUGCUGCCCAAUUUUGUGUUUGUAGGAGGACUUCACUGUCAACCAGCAAAUCCCCUGCCUCAGGAGAUGGAAGAAUUUGUUCAGGGUUCAGGGGAGCAUGGCAUUGUGGUGUUUUCCCUGGGCUCAUUGGUAAAGAACCUUACAGAUGAAAAAGCCAACUUAGUAGCCGAAGCACUGGGACAAAUUCCACAAAAGGUUCUUUGGAGAUACGCUGGUGAAAAACCAAAAACGCUGGCAUCUAACACAAAGCUGUAUGAUUGGCUUCCUCAAAAUGACUUACUUGGGCAUCCCAAAACCAGAGCAUUCAUCACUCAUGGUGGUACCAAUGGGAUAUAUGAAGCUAUCUAUCAUGGGGUGCCCAUGGUUGGCAUUCCUCUGUUUGCAGAUCAGCCUGAUAACUUGGCUCACAUGAAGGGAAAGGGAGUGGCUGUGGUCCUUAACUUUGCCACAUUACGUGCACAGGAUUUGGUUGAUGCUCUCAACACUGUGAUCAAUGACACAAGAUAUAAAGAAAACGUAAUGAAGUUGUCUAGAAUUCAGCAUGACCAACCAAUGAGCUCAUUGGAAAGAUCUGUGUUCUGGAUUGAGUUUGUAAUGCGACAUGGAGGAGCUAAACAUUUGCGACCUGCAGCACACAAUCUGUCAUGGUAUCAGUAUCAUUGCCUAGAUGUGCUGGCAUUCCUUGGUGCCUGUUUAGCAGCUUUCAUAUUUCUCCUCAUAAAAUGUUUGUUUUGCUGCAGAAAAUGCAAGCUUAUGAAGGUUCAGAAAGAUAAAACUCAGUAAUAGCUUAAAAUGCAUAGGAUCGCCUUGAAAUUUAUAACAUUGUGGUUAUGUUGGAAUUUCUAUGAUUAUGGCUUUAAAUUAUACUCUGCUUCAUGUUUCUGUCACAAUAGACUAAGGAGAAAUUCACUUGCAUUUCAUGAUCGUGUUUCUUGGCAAUGAUUUAACUUUGUUAUAUAAUUGGCAAAUUAUGCAACUUCAAGCUAUGCUUAAAGACCGCUGGACUUUGAAACCAUUUCUCAUUAAGAAUUAUUCUUGUGAUCUGGGGUGUCAUUUACAGGGACAAUUAUCUGUUGUGGGGAAAAUGUUUUGAUCUCUAAUCAAGAGAGAAAGAGCUAGUCAUUCAGAGCACCUUAAUCAAACAAAGUCAAUGUGGUUUUAUGAAAGGUAAAUCAUGUUUGACAAAUUUCUACAGUAAUAACCAGAAUGAAUAAAAGGGAACAUGCUGAUGGAGUGUAUGUGGAUUUUCAGCAGGUAUUUGACAAGUUCCCACAUAAAAGGUUGGUGUACAAGAUAAGAGCUCAUGGUAUUGGGGGGAGUGUCUUAUCAUGGAUUGAGGAUUGCUUAUUGCAUAGAAGGCAGAGAGUCAAAAUAACAGGUCUUUUCCAGGGUAAUUGGUUUAUUAUUGUCACAUUUACUAAGGUAAAGUGAAAAACUUUGACUGGAGCAAGAAAGGAAAGGACCGGAAAGGCAUAGAGGGAUAAUCCCAUUUGCCUGAUGGAAUUAGCAUAGACAAGCAUCACGGCUGGCAUGGACAAGGUGGGUCAAAAGGGCAGAUGCUAUGACUCUAUGAAAGCAGAUGGCCCAUUGGCUUAUAUUGCAAAGUGAUUGGAGUUUAGAAAAAGGAAAGCAAUUUUACAAGAAUACAGGGUGUUGGUAGGCCACACCUAGAGUACUGUACGGAGUUAUUGAGAAAGGAUAUACUGAUAUUGGAGGAAGUCCAAAAGAGAUUUGUGGGCUAAUUCCUGGGUGAGAAGGUUGUCCUAUCACACAUGGCUAAAGAUCUAUAUUCUCAAGAGUUUAGAAGAACAAGGUGCGAUCUUCCUGAAACAUAUAGGAUCCUUAGGGGAAUGAAGAGGAGACGUUGAGAUGUUUCCGCUGGGGGGAAUGAAGGGGAGACGUUGAGAUGUUUCCACUGGGGGGGGAAUGACAAAUGAGGGGAAAUAGUUACAAGAUUAUGUGGAUGCUAUUUAAAACUUGUGUGGCAACUUCUCACAGAUGGUGGUUAAUCUCUAGAGUUCUCUACCCUGAAAGAUUAUGGAGCUGGAUCAUGGAGGAUAUUUAAAGAGGAAGUAAAUAUAUUUUUUGAAAGAUCAGGGAAUUGAGGGCUGUGGGGAACCAGCAAAAGAGGAGUUAAGGUCUGGAGCAGAUCAGUCACAGUUGGGUUGGUGGGGGAGGGGGCAGGUUUCAGGGGUCCACUCCUGCUCCUAUUUUGUUCUGUUUUUGUGCUUGGGUUGCCAUUUAUUGUCCACCUUUAUUGGCCAUAAGAAGAUGCUGAUGGGCUAUCUGGUGCAGUUACUCUUGUGGUGCCAUCAAAUAGGGAGUUUCACGACUUUAACCAAGCAAUGUUGAAAGAACAGUAAUAUAUGUCCAAGUUCAUGCGGUGAUGUUUCCAGCCAGAGAAACUUUCAUGUUUUUAUAGAGAUAAAUCAAUUUUAAAACAUUUCAAUUUCAUCUAUUAAUUUGUAGAUAUAUAUUUGUACACAUGAGCAAAGAAGAGUAAUGUAAGAUGCAUGUUCUAUGCUGAAAUGCUUUAAAUAAUAAUGAUGUGGCAAACUUGACAUCCAAGCAGAUCAAAUUAUUGGAUAAAAUUUUUUCAGGGUAGAAAUUUCAGUCAGGAGAUUCCCAACUGUGUAUUUUCCUGGCACCUGCUUGUGUCGCAGUUUUGUAAGUAGAGCAAUUACCAAAAAAUUUAACUUUGGGCAUUUUUGUUCCACUAAAUAGGUGCUCCACACACCAAUAAUGCCAAUUGCAAAGUCACCAAAAAAAAAUCAUGAAAUCUUGCCACCUUUACUUUUAAGAAAUCAUUAUCACAGCUUGUUGUUCUUUAAGACUGUUAAAACCUGACCUGCAUAUUUAAUGGGCAGCAGUUCCUUUUGAGACAUUCACAUGCUGAUCUGUGAGUAAACUGCCCCCUCCCUACUAAGAAGUGGACUCAAUCACUCUGGUUGCAGGUGGUCCUACACAGCAGCAUUGGAUCCACACAUAGAGGUCUGAGGUCUGUGAGCUGGGGUUACAGUGAGCUGCUGGCGUGGAUUUACUUUAUAUGAAAAUUAAGGGGAUGAUUUUUUUCUUCACAAAUAAAAAUGACGUACUGUGAAA